AUGUCCUCGAACGCAUCUCACCUGCUGGUCACCUUCUCACCGGCUCCACCGUAUUCGCAGGCAGGUUACAGGGACGGAAAGCUUUACAUCGAUGGCGUCUUUGGCCUCGUCGUGGAUGCGCUGGCAGACUUCGUUCCUUUCAGCUACGACGUCGUGUACGACCACCGACUGUCGUUUGGAGUGCGCCUGCCCAAUGGUUCUUACACAGGCAUCAUCGGACUUCUUCAGAGUGGGGUGUGGGCAGUCCUCCUGGCCACCAUUCCGGUCGUGUCUGCGGCUCUAGCCUUCGUUGAAAAGCGGAGGCCGCGGACUAAAGGCAGCUUCAUCUGGGAAAUGUACGAGAAUGCGUGGGACAUACUCCGUUCUUUCACCUACGAAGGGCACACGGCCCAGACGAAGAGCCACGGUGGGCGGCUCCUCUACUCGCUGUGGUGGCUCACUGUGUUGGUGCUCACGAAUGGCUUUGCCGGCCAGCUCAAAGCCAGCAUGGCCAUCAAGACAGAGCCCACGCGGUUCCGUUCUGCGGGUGAUGUCGCCAACCAGCCAGCGAUAAGGCCUUUGAUAUGGAAACACACAGUCUACGAGACUUACGUGCGGACAUCCGAAAGACCAUCUAUGCAAGCCCUGACACGACAGGUGCACCGACACGGCGGGUUCGUGCCCAUCGCCGAGUUGUAUUCUUCCGCUGCCAUGGAACAACUCUACAGCGGCCGCGCCGUCAUCAUCAGCGACCGUAUCGUGACCAUGAACAUGCUUUCCAAGCAGUGCCGGCUCACCGGAGGGAGGCUGUACGUUGCGCCGGAGCUGCUCUUCACUCGAUUCUUCACCGUAGCGCACUCGAAGCGUCUGCCUCCGGAGCUCGAGCGCAGGAUACACGCAAAAGUGACCGCCAUCAUGGAGUCCGGUCUGAACUUAAAGUGGGAAGACGACGGCAUGCAAGAGUGGCACCGCUGCCAAGCCAUGCAGCAGGCCGGCAGUUCGCAGGCAGGCGAGCUGUCGUUCAAGGUGCUCCGCUACGACGACAUGGCGGCCAUCUUCUCCCUGUGGGCCAUCAUGGCGGCUCUCUCCCUCGUCGCCUUUCUGCUGGAGCUGUGCGCCCACAGGACGUCGACACGACGCCAGUACCGGCUCCCGCGCAUGCACGCGAGGCGGAACGCCCGCCUCGCCCUCCAGGAUCCGGCAGCAGGAGGCGCUGCAGCGCCUGCCAACACAGGCGCGCGCCGCAUGCGGAUUUCGAGCGUGACGCGUGGGAACACCUCGGUCGUCAGUUUUUGAAGUCGCAACUAUAUGCAAGGUUCGCCGCGAUUGGUCAUUUGUAAUUCCUGAAUUCCAGAAACGCCCAUACUAGCUCGACAGAAGUAUGCAUAUGUGUUACUGCACCAAGCAUAAAGACGGGGAAUGCGGGAGAUGGAAAUUCAAGACGAUGAGCAAAACGUGAGCAAGGUGAAUGCAGGAGCCAACGUUUCGACAAGUG